AUGGCCAUGGCGUCAAUGGAUGCACUGGGGGCCUUUACCCACAUGAAAGACAAUCUUCCCGCAUGGAUUGCCCGCGUCUCCGAACUCGCCACACACACCCACAAGAAGCACAACGAUUACUCUGAAGCAUACAGACGCCGUGCGAAUUUCAAGCCCCGCCGACGGAAAAACAGCUCCGUUUGUUCCAUCCACACCGACGACCUGGUCCCGAUCGCACAACGCAAAGGUCCCAGCCCAGAGCCCACCGCGGAGACAGCGCACGCGCCCGAUCAAGGUCAACGCUCAAGUCGUAAACGCAACACAGACGAGGCCUCUACCAGCUCAAAUGAAGAAUACGCGUUCGUUAGCACAAGACACAAUGUCAUUAUCGACUACGACGGCCACACGCAGAAGACGCUCGAGGUUAUUGUACGGGACAUUGGUGGAGCGAGAAACAAUCUUCGUCGUGCGAAGAUGGCUACGAUGCCCCGAACAGGCUUACGGGCCGGUUUGUUGAGCAAAGGCGUUGGGAUGAACAACCUGUCGGGUGGAUCGGCAACGCCACUCUCCUGUGUUCGCAGCACGCGCACCACGUCCGGAAUCGUCGGUGUCUCCGGAACGAGUGCGAUGCGCACAGACUCUCCUUUCGACUUCGCAGACAAACAGCUUGAGGUGGCACAUUCACUUUGCGAAACGGCGGCUUACCAAGUCCUCCGAUCCGGGGACUGCGGCACCGAACUUGAUGGCGUGGAGGAGAAAUUUAAGAUGCUGCUCGAGGCCGUGAUCAACGAGGUUGACCGUCUCGUGGCAGAAAAGAAGCAACAGGAAGAGCAUGAGCAGCAACAACAAAAUGGCACUGCCGAUGAAGGGCCGCCUAAACCUCCCCCCACUCCUUCUGCUGCUCGACUCGCCAGGGUUGCUGCUAUUGCCAACAAGCCCCCGGCCACCACCACGACCACCACAGCGGGCGCCAUCGAAGUGGAUGACAAUUCUUCCUUCUCGGCCGAGUCAAUCGACCUCUCUGCAUUCCGGGCCUCCCGGAUUCGGGUGUAG